AUGUCGUCAAUUGCACUCACCACUUGCCAUCGCGUUCUGCAAAACAACUGCCGGCGAAAAUGGCCUGGGUGGUGGCGACUCGAGUACAUCAAAGGGUUGCGAGGGAGUUUGUUAAGAUAUGUUUCAAUACUCACGUCGUCGUCGUCUAGGAGAGAGACAGGAGUCGCAUGUGGCGUUCGUCGAGGUGCACUGCGAAUGGAAAGCUCCUUUCUGGAUGAAGAGAAGGAAUAUGUCGAGCGGAGUGCCCCACCUUUACUUGCGAUAAUCUUGACCCUAAUACCACUAGUAUACAAUGUUUUCGAGUACUUAUUAGCCAAUUUAUACCUUUUCUAUUACUACUAUAAAUAUUUGAGGUCUGAUUCCUACAAGCAGAUAUAUUUUGGGGCAUGGCGAAUAUUUCUAAAAGUCGAUUUGCAAUCCGAUCAGAGGGCUUAG